AUGAAACUGGGAGACGACUUUGGAGAUCCCGACGUCCUCACACUCGCCGAAGAUCACAUCGUCCUGAAAUUGGAAACCGCUUUGGCGCCUGACGCGACGCUCCCCGAAGGACUCGCAUUCGGCGACGUCGACGGUCUGCUCCUGGUCGCGAACCAGAAGUCUCUGGUUUCUGCAUCGGGAAGCGCGUUGCUACGAGAGGCGAGAGUCUCGAAGGCCCUGUUUUGCGGUUGCGCGCCCUUCGAUUCAUGUGAACUCUUCGCCAACGUCGCCAGCGAGCUCCUUCGCGAUGCCCAGGAGGUGCACAUCGUGCACAACAGAAACACUGUGUACAAGCUGAUCCGCAUGUUCCCGAACGCCAAGGUCAUCGCCCUGCCGCACGACCUUUCUCGCCACUACGUGGAAUUCGACGAGCCACGCAGAGACCAUUCUGCGCCGCUCGUCGAACGAAGCCAGCUCAGGCAACUGGUGGGCACGUGGGGCGACCAGCGCACGGAGUGCCUCUCUAUCAGUCGGGCUACCACGCUGGCGCUCAUCCGCAGUUGCCCUUACGUGUGCCGCAUCGACUCACGUUGGGUGGUGAGUUCCUUUACGGAACCGAACCGCUUCUUCACGUCGACGGAUCGUCGAAAAGCCAAGAAUUUCACCCAUGUCAACCUCAUGGAUCGGGACCUGGCGUUGACCACAGGCCUCAGGAUGUCGGCGGCGGCAGCUGACGUUGCAGUUGCUGCAAAAACAUUUCCUUCUGUCGAAAUGUUAGAGGUGUGUCUUGGCUCGCAGGAAGCGCUUGCAAAGAUCUCGGCGUUCCGUAACCUCCGUAGUCUGGCGGUGGCAUUCUCUCCAGCCUUUAUAUCCCGCGACGUGAGUACUCAACUGGAGCAGCUGCUUGCGAAGUUGCCGGGACUCGAAGAGUUGGAACUCGAGAAUUGUGGCGGCAUACGGCUCCUCGCGAUCUCCAGACUGUGCACUCGCCUCAAGAUUCUAAAGAUCGUAAACUGCGUGGGAUCCUUGAACGACGUGCCAUGUGGACGCUGACGCCUUCACCGAUCUCGAGUGCUUGGAGUUGGACAUGCAGAUUCUGAAGGCCGUUUUCGGCUCAUUAGUGGGUGUCACCAAAGAUAGGCUUCGGAACGCGCACUUCUGCGACGAGGCUUUGUGCUUGGCGUUUCUUCAGCACUGCGUCCAGAAUGGCCGACGCUUACCGUUCCGAAUCUUGAACGGCUGACGUUGAAGACGAAUGAGUCUCUGAGUGCGUUGGGACUUACAGCCGGAAAAUCUGUACGACGUGCGGCAUGCGCUGCCUGCUCUUCGGCACGUGGAGACGGAACAGCUACGAUCUGCGACUGUUUUUCGAGAACUACUGGACUCCGCGCGGAAGGGUGUCCUUGUCCUGGGUCGGAUGCGUCUACUGUGCGAUGCACAGGCCAGCUUAUUAGAAGGUAGCGACGUCCUGGUGAGCGAACAUUGCGGCGUAGUCGCAUUCAAGAAAACAAAUGUCCCGUACUAGCGCUGCGGCCAGUCUUCUGCAUGUGAGGCAAUUCGCAAAUGCGAGUGUUGACUGCCAUCGGCAGAUUUCGUUUGGCUGAGAGCGUUGAUAACCCUUCCCGUUGACCCGGAAUACUCAACUGCCUUCUAUAAAUAUUUGCG